AUGGAGGCCACGCUGAAGAUGUUUGCGUUCUUGUUGCUGUGCUGCCUUUGCAACGGAGGAAACGCUUACGAGGAAUGCAAGCCGUCGGACCUGGCCAUCACGCAGAUCGUCGUGCCGGGCCACGUCGUCGGAGGGUAUCGGGUGUACGCGGUGGCGGUGGAGAACAGGUGCAUCUGCUCGCAGGGCGAGGUCAAGCUGGCGUGCCGCGGGUUCAACUCCUCCGUACACGUCGACCCAGCUGGCGUCCUACGGCCGGACGGCGACGGCGAGCUCUGCACCCUCAACGGCAGCCGCCCCAUCGCCAUGGGUCUCGAGUAUGCCGUCAAGUUCUACUACGCGUGGAGCUCCCAGUUCAGCUUCAAGCCCGUGUCGUCCACCAUCGCCUGUAGCCCGGCUGCUCCUGAGCCCUCAUGGUGA